AUGUCCGAGCUCAAAAUCACAUUAGAAGAGCAGCGACAGGAGCAUCUGGUGGCCGUGACCAAGAAACGGGAUGAUCUUCAUGUGUUCCUCGCCGGCUCCAGGCCGAGUGUCUAUCGGUUCUCGAGGCGUCAAUUGCUAUUAAUGGUGUUGUUCUGUGGCUCGGUGUUGAUUGUACUUUACGCCUACUGGGAUGUGAUGAUUCUGACCACAUUAGCAGUUAAUGGUGGCCAGGACAAUCGGGUCUCUAGCGAACAGCUCGCAUUGAAGCUGGAGAAAGAGGUGCGUGUCCUCUGCUGGGUCCUAACCACCCCUAAAUAUCACAAAUCUCGAGCGGUGCACAUACAGCGCACGUGGGGCAAGCGGUGUAACAAGAUCUACUUUAUGACCUCGGAGCCGGAUGAAGAGCUAGAAACCAUUAUCCUAUCCAAGCCAGAUAAGUAUGAACUACUUUGGGGCAAGACAAAGGAGGCGUUCACAUAUAUUUACGAAAAUAAACUGGACGAGGCCGAUUGGUUCAUGAAGGCUGACGAUGAUACUUAUGUUUUUGUAGAGAAUCUGCGGCAUUUGCUCUAUCCUUACUCCCCGGAUAUGCCCAUAUAUUUUGGCUUCAACUUUAAGAUGCUUAACACGAACCAAAAGAAUGCGUCAUACAUGUCGGGGGGCAGUGGAUACGUGCUCAGCCGUGAAGCAUUGCGUUUGUUUGUACAUGGCUUAAACGACAGCAGCAAGUGCCGGCAACAGGACGAUUCCCCCGAGGAUGUGGAGGCGGGUGCCUGCCUCUUUCGUUCGGGCGUUACCGCCGGCGAUUCACGCGAUUUGAAACUGCGUUAUCGCUUCUUUCCAAUGGCACCAUUCGGCCAGCUAAUCUCACAUUACACUGGCAUGGAUUUCUGGCUCUUUACAUACGCCUAUUAUAAUCCACGUGCCUGCAUGGAUUGCCUCGCCGAAUAUCCGGUGGCCUUUCAUUAUGUACCGCCCGAAGAUCUAUAUGUUUUCGAUUAUCUCAGCUAUAACUUUGAUCUCUAUGGGCGACAGCCUGUUGUGGAGUAUCUUCCCGAGAAGAUUGCACCCGACCAGCUCGUCAUUCCACCAUCGGAUAAUUAAUAGAACUACCAAAUGUUUUUCCCUACUUUUCCUUUUUUUUACAUUGAAAUUAAACCUAUUAUUAUU